GUUUCAGCUGUGGACCCCAAAGUUGUUUGCAUUGCCAAUCGAGUUGCUGAAAUUGUGUAUUCCUGGCCACCACCAGAAGAGCUCCCCUACCAGGAAGGAAGCUUCCAGUCAGAAGGGAGAUUAGUGGUCGGCCCAGGUGCCGAGCCCCAGAGCCUCCAGCUGAGAACUGCAAGUUCUAAGAAAGGUAAACUUCCCUUGGAGUAUUUGUGCUGGGCUGAGUGUUUGCUGGGCAGAGGUAUACGAGCACUUACACAUUUCUUCAGCUCAGGACACUUGAAGAGAGACAAGACUUUGAUGAACACCUUCCAGGAGGUGUCCUACUCUGUUUUCAAGACCAUCACAGACCAGUUCCUAAGGGGAGUGGACACCAGGGGAGAAUUGGAGGUCAGAGCUCAGAGCUGUAAGGCUGCCCUUGCAAUAGACAUCGUAGCCAAGCUCACCGCUGUUGACAACCACCCCAUGAACAGGGUGCUGGGCUUUGUAACCAAGUACCUGAGAGACAACUUCUCGCCCUGGGUCCAGCAGCAUGGAGGAUGGGAAAAAGUGCUUGGGAUAUCAUGUGAAGAGGUAGACUGACACAUCUGAAGGUCUGUAAUCUGGAACAUUCGUGCAGCAGUGGGCCGGUGUGCAUCAGCCUCAGCAUAGACUACAGGAGAAAAUUUAAAUGGACAGGCAGAUGGGGCCUUGGGUUUUCAAAACCAUCAUUUCUGUGAGCAAGAGGCAGCAGAAGAGUGUUGCUCCUGUCCCACGGAUAGACGGUAGAGGCGUGGCCCUUGACAUCCAUGUUUUCUAGGCCCUCCUUUGAGUGGGUGAGGAAAUCUGGAAAGGUAAGUGGAAUUUCGCCUUCCAGAUAUUCACAACAGAAGCCAUCAUCCUGCCUCUGUUGGCCACUUUAGGGAAUGUGUGUUAUAGAUAUUUGCUGUUCCCAUGAGAGGAAAAUGAUAAAUUGUGCAUGUUUCUACUCUUCAGUUUCCAUUACUAUUUAUUUUUAAAAUGAAACGAGGUCAUCAACAUUUUGAUUUUCCUCUUACUUUCUUUAUAAGAAAUGUGCUGUCAUUGGUUCAGAUACAACACAUAUAUAGACACAUAUGUUGUCUUCUAUAAAAGUUUAUUUGUGCCUUUGUCUUAUCCCUCCAGUAGACUGUAUUUUUCCAUCUAGAAAGGAGAGCUGCAUGUAUGUAGUUAAAAUUUCCAGCAUUGCACAUUAUACACAGUCGUCAUUUCUAAAUUGGAUUCUGUGUAUUUUGGUCUAGAUAUCAGGGCAGGUGUUCAUGGGAUGGUCUGGGCUCAAAGUAGUUAUAAUGAAAAGUUUUUACAGUCAAGCACACACAUAUGCUUGAUGUCACACACCUGUGUGCACAUGCACACACACACGCACACACAGACACACGUACUCAAUUGCGUGUGCACACAGCCUUUUUUCUUCAGUCUAUUCCAAAUUGCCAUAGUCCAUGAAGCUUUUGCAUCCCAGUAGCUACUCAUGAUCCAGGAGGAGGCGUGCUGCCUAGGCGGGGCUAAGUGCUCCCUACGAAGGGGCAAUGGGAGGGGACACCCCCAGAUGAUGAGGUCGUGCUUGGCAAGGCUGGAGACCGAACUCAGCUCUUGGCCUUUCCCUUCUGCGAUUCAAGCAUCAUUCUUCUUUACUAAGUGUUGUGUAAAAGUCUCACCAUACGUCAGUUGAUGGACUGUUCACCACUGACCAUGUUUAUAUUGCUUUUGCCUCACUUUGCCUCUGUUUUUUGAAUUUUUUAUGUAUAGAUGUAGUUUCAUGUAAAAUAAAUAUA